UGCUCUAUCAUUGGUAAAAAAGUUUGUUCAGUCAGCUCUGGAGUUCAUGAAGAAAAUUCUAGUAUGUGGGUCUGAGGGGGUUUGUGAGAUAUCUACAGAGUUUCAACAAUACUGGGAUGAAGUCACUGAGCUUUGGUUCCUUGCAAUGCAGAUUUUGGCCGCAUCCAUUCCUUUAUUACCCUGGCUGACCAAGUUAUUUAUAGAUAGUGGCUGGCUAGAAUCUUCAGUAGAAGUACUCAAAGCAUCUCAUGUUGAUCAUCUUGAUGAAGAGAUGAAAGGACCUUACAGUACACUGUUUACAGCUAUUAUUAAGAGUGAUGGUACAGUCUACAAGAAGUUUGUUGAUCUGGGAGGUGAAACCGUUGCAAGGAAACAUGGAAUGGAUGAAUUGCAAGCAGCCCUGACAACAUGUGCAAGGUAGUAAGACUGGUGUAUCUACACAUCUCAUUGUUCUUCUGUUGCAUCUCACUCUGAGGAUUUGAGGGGUUAAUUUGGCAGAUAUGUCAGAUCACACUUCAUUGUGAUGUAGAAUUUGGGAGGUUCAUUUAGGCAUGUUUGAAAGAGAUUGUUUGAUGGUAUUCACAAAUUCAUCUAUGAGGUCAAAGAAUAUAUUGUGAGGUCACAAACCAUACUAUGAUGUCACAGACUUCAUUAUGACAUCACUCUUUAGAGGAUCAGGUGAUGCACAGAGAAAACAAACAUUUGUCUUCUUUAUCUUAGGGAAUAUUCUUUUCCAAGAAAUAAAAUAUUAUCAAUAGUAGCUGUAUUCCCUGUGUAACAGAAAAAAAUGAGUGUUGAUUCUCAUUUAUUUUUGCCUGAGUAAUAGUGAAAAAUAUGUUAGAAAUCUUUAAAUACUAGACUGCUUUAGGCUUAAUACAUGUCAGGUCAGGUAUUUGAUUUAUUCGGCUGACUAAAAAAGUUAAUACUCAAUUACUUUUUAUUAUAAAACACAACAGAAAAGUCUCACUCUUGGUUCGAAAUUCUUAUUUCUUCAUCUUAUUGUAUGUUUGAGGAUACAUGUAUAUUGUUUAGGUAUGUCACACAUGCUGAAAUGUCUGACACCAUGACAUGGAUUCACAGUUUCCAUUAUUAAAUGGGUACUCCAGGCUAAACAUAAUAGGAUUUCAACAGAUAAAUAAACUCAGACAAAAUACAGGAAAGUUGAUCAAAAUUGGAUGAGUAAUAACAAAGUUAUGAAAUUUAAAAAAUUGCAUUAUUUUGGUGAAACAGUUCUAUGCAUGUCUUCAUGAAUAUUUAAUGAGCAAACUGAUGAUGUCAUAUCCCACUUGAUUGUAUUUUAUAACAUGAAAUUAUGUUUAUUCUAUUUUUCCUCCAAGAUUUAAAAAAUGGAUUGAAAAGUGAUUUAAUGUUUUAUAUAUUUGUUGUUAUAAGGGAGACAUAUCAUGUACACAUGUUUGAAAAAUGAAAUAAUUAUAAUUCCUUGUAAUAACAUAAGAAAAAGGUAGUAAAAUGGGGAUGUGACAUCAUCAGCCCACCUAAUGAAUGUUCAAUACAGCGUGUAUAUAACAGUUUUCACAUAAUAUUGCUAAACUUUCAAAUUAGAAAACUUCAUUAUUUUGUAUCAGAUUUUGAUAAAACUUUAGCAUUUUUGCUUGAUGAAUUUUACUCCAUUUAUUUAGAUAUAAUUAUUUUCAGCAUGGAGUAAUCCUUUCAUUAGGUGUUGUAGCACACAAGAUAAAUCUCCAGACUUUGAACCACAAGGUCUGGGGUUUGAAUCCCCGCAGUACAUGUACUUGCCUCCUUGGCAAGGCAUUUAUCUACAUUUGCCACUCUCCACACAGGUGUAGAUAAUGGUUACCUGAGCUCCAUGUAAAGCAGGAGGAAUUAUGUAGUGAACCAUCGAGGGGGCAACUAAAAAUCAGCUUAUUAAUGCUUUGUAUUAUUGCUACUACAUGUCUGUUAUAGGGAGAAGGAAUAAUAUGUGUAUUCAUCACGCAAGAGACAAUCACAAGAUUGUAAUAAAGAAGUUCAUAGUCUUCUUUGUAAUAAUAAUAAUAGUAAUAUAAAUAGACUUGUAUAGUGCACUUUCCAUCUUGAUUAAAUGCUCAAGGUGCUUCAGAGCAAAAAAUCAACAAAAACAAAUUACAUAUAAUACAUGUUUGAACAAUAAGUCGAUGUCUGUCAAAAAAACACUUUUAAACAGGUAUGUUUUCAGGUUGCCCCUGAAGGUGUUCACUGAAGUCUGGGUUUUCAAACUCUGUGGAAGAGAAUUCCACAGGCUAGACCCAGCAUGAGCAAAGGCCUGUUCCUCCCAAAUUUCUUAAAAACUAGAAUUUGUAAGAGAUUAGAUGAUGAGGAUCAUAAGGUUCUUGAGGAUUUGUAGUUAUGUAUCCAUGGAAUCCUUGAAUAAGAGAGUAAGAAUUGGAAAAUUUUCAUUGAUAUUAUUGUCCAAUGGAACAUUCUAAAGCAUAUGAAAAAUCAUGAGAUUCAUAAAAUUUUGGUCUUUUCUCUUUUAUUGUAAAAACAAAUAUCUAAAUGGACUUGUCUGGACUUGCCAUCUCGGAAAAAUUUGUGUUACAUGUAUGUUGUGAAAAUUUAGGAAAAGAUUUGUGUAUUUCACAUUAGACCUUGUACAAUGUACCUUGUGUUCCUCACUUCUGAUAAUCCCGACUUUUCGUUGGAGAACGCGAACGCUUCUUUGUGACGGUAGUUGAUUUUGGAAGAGACUUUUGUGCCCGUCAUCAUGGUCGUAAAACUCUGUCCUGCAAUGCAAAUUGUGUGACAUGAGAUUUUUUUCGUUUAGCAUCUGGAACGGAAACAUUCAAUCUGCGUUUCGUGUGCAAAACUCUGGUUGCU